AUGUCGUGGCAAAGUCAAUGGGGAACCGUCAAGGCCACGAACGCCAGAGCUGCUGCACUGUACUAUGAAGUGUCGAAUGUGGGUAAAACCAUCGAGAGCUCCAAGAAGCGCGUGGUUUGGCGUCUGAAAGUCGAAGAGGGACGAGAGUUCGAGAUCUCGCUCACGCACUCACUGGCAUCGGGUAAGAAAGUGCUGCGUGUUGAUGGGAUCGUCAAGUACACUUCGCAAUCGCUCUCGUUUGGUGACUGGGACUACGUGUUCAACCUGCCUGGAGGCCACUGCGUACACAUUAUCAUUAAGCCGUCCGUGGACCUCAACGAUAUGUAUGACUUGAUCGUGGAUGGGAUGUCAUUCCGUCGACUACCAAACCGUCUGGAUCCUUCCAAGCUCCCGAAGCAACAGGACAAUGUCGUGAGCUCGGCUACACGUACCGGUAGCUCCGGUUCUCGAAACAGCUCGUUCACGUACAACUACUCGAAUGGAGGCUAUGCCAGUGGUAGCAACUCUCGCGGUGGUAGCCGCAACGCGUCACGUGAGAAUUCCUUCUCGCCUUGGGAAUGCACUCGAUGCACUUUGGUGAACGAGAAACCCCACGCUCCUAUCUGCGAAGCCUGCGGUCAUCCGAAGCCCGACUACAUCUCCCCGGAAUCUCGACAGCGUGCGAAGACUGUGGCUGCGUCGCCGAGUCCUCCGCCGUCUCCUCGUAAAGCGGCAAAGUCUGCAGCGGACGCUCCCGUUGUCUUCGAUAUGUGGCAAAGCUCCCCGACUUCGAACACGGCAGCCUUCCCAGCCUUCACGGAUUCCGAUGGAUUCCCGAUGUCGUCAACGCCUGCUAUGUCGACGAUGCCCUCCAAGCAGCCGUUCCAACAAGAUAUCACGUCCAUGUUGUCUGGACUUGACUUCACGCCUCCACCGGUUGAGGAAACCUCACCUCCAAUGGAAGCUACACUUGAGCCUACACCGACGGAAGACAAGACCACAGCCGGAGAUUUGUGGUCUUCUGACAUGGUGAAUCUCAACUUGAAGCCCGAGGAGAAGAACCCGGUGCAGCGAUCCGCCAAGAGCUACCAGACGCUGGAACAAGCUCGUCAACUUGCUCCAAAGGAAAAGGUUCAGGUGCUACCGACGCCGCCUCCAAUGCCAUUCCCUACUUACAACGCAGUGCAGGCACCAACAGGCUUUAACGGCGGGAUGGCCCCAGCGCAGCCCAUGAUGUACAACACAGUUGCUAACACUGGAGCGUUCGCUAUGGUACCCGCUCCGAUGGGCUUUGGUGCGCCACAAACGAACGCGAUGCCAGCAUACGGAGGUUUUGGCGGACAACAAGCGUCUCCAUUCAUGACUACGGCUCCUAUGAACGGGCCGCCCAGACAGUCGUCAAUGCAGAACUUCAGCAACGACCCAUUUGCUACUCUCUCUUAGUUUACAUGAAGCCCAGCGUUUACACAGAGGAAAGAACAAUAACACUGCUUCAG